AUGGAGUUGAACCAGCCGAAAAAGUCCGAUAGUUUUGGACGCAAAGAGGGCACCGACACAAAACCAACAUCUAAUACGGAGGCACUGGGAGAGAAGAUCAGAGAGGACGUCGACGGAGCAGAGGGCAAGAAGAACGAAGAAGAACAGAAUCAAUUGGAGGUCGUCCCGGAUCCUCAUUGCGACCUCGAGAAUGUUUCCGAUUGUAUUGACAAGUUUCUCUCGUCUCUUAGCACAAAGAAAGAUGAUGAUGACAAGGAAAAUGACGUCAUUCCAGUAGAUAUCCCUCACGAGUUGCUCGAGAAGUUCUCAGAUCUCGUCGAAGCGAAGCUCUCAAAGCCCGAGGUGGACUCUUCCUUUCUCGCGGCUGUGAGCCGACUAUCGAAGCUGACAAAAUGGCUCCGUGAUUUGAAACCGGAGGAGUCUCAUCCUUCUCUUUUGAUCAAUCGCAUUGGAGGCAUUCACGAGCGAGCGAUAUCUUUUUUGGAGGAGGAAUUCCGGUUGCUUCUAGAAGAUUCUCGGAUCGGUGAGUCCGAUGAGAAAGGGAAGCAAGAUCAUCACGUACAAACAGAAUUAUCUGAAUCCAUUGGGGAUCACGAGGCCGAUUUUCCAGGGUACUCUGACGACGUCGUAUCGAGCUUGAACAAUGUAGCGAAGGAGAUGAUAUUUGGUGGAUACGAAUCCGAGUGCUGCCAAGUCUACGCGGUGGCGAGAAGUAACGCGUUCGAAGAAAGCUUGCAAAAGUUAGGGUUUGAGAACCAUAGCAUCGACGACAUCCACAAAAUGCAUUGGGAGGCGCUGGAGCGAGAGAUCGCCAUUUGGAUCGAGGCCUUCAAGAAAUGCACCACAGUGUACUUCUCCGGCGAGAAGGCCCUCGCAGAAUCGGUCUUCUCCAACCAUCCCUCACUCUCCGACAGCCUCUUUAGCAACCUCACUCGCGGCAUUCUUAUCCAACUCCUGAACUUCGUCGAGGCUGUCGCGAUGACGAAGCAGCGCUCAGCCGAGAAGCUCUUCAAGUUCCUCGACAUGUACGAGACGUUACGCGAUGUUGUUCCGGCCAUGGACUUGUUCAAGAAUGAGUGUGGAAACGAGCUCAAGAACGAGGCAACCACUGCUCAGUGCCGGCUCGGCGAGGCGGCGAUACUCAUGUUCACCGAUCUAGAGAAUUCGAUAAAGGCCGAUACGGGGAAAACCCCGGUACCGGGCGGUGCGGUACACCCCUUAACUCGGUACACGAUGAACUACCUAAAGUACGCUUGCGAGUACAAGGACACCUUGGAGCAAGUCUUCAGAGAGCACUCUAGGCUCGAACGAGCGGACUCGACGAGCAGGCCAUCGCGCGAUGAAACGAAGAGUUUUGAUGAUCAUAACGAAAGCGAACCCCAGACACCGUUUUCGUUGCAGUUGAUGAGAGUGAUGGAAUUGCUGGACUCCAAUCUGGAAACCAAAGCGAAGAUUUACAAGGACGUCGGGUUGAGCAACAUCUUCAUGAUGAACAAUGGGCGGUACAUCUUACAGAAGAUCAAAGGGUCCACGGAAAUCCACGACCUGAUGGGCGACACGUGGUCCCGCAAGCGAUCGUCGGAUUUAAGGCAGUACCACAAGAACUACCAAAGGGAGACGUGGAGUAAGCUUGUGGGGUGCUUGAGCAACGAGGGGUUGAACGUGAACGGGAAGGUGGUGAGGCCGGUUUUGAAGGAGCGGUUCAAGAGUUUCAACCAAAUGUUCGACGAGAUCCACAAGACGCAGAGCACGUGGGUGGUGAGUGACGAGCAGCUUCAAUCGGAGCUAAGGGUCUCGAUAUCGGCGGUCGUGAUACCGGCAUACCGGUCCUUCUUGGGGAGGUUUUCGCAAUAUUUUCACACUGGGAGACAGACAGAGAAGUAUGUGAAGUACCAGCCGGAAGACAUAGAGACUAGCAUUGAUGAGCUAUUUGAUGGGAACCCAACGCCCAGGAGGAGACCAUAG